AUGUUCUUCAUGUUUUGUUCCUCAACACUCUUGUCUCCUUCCUUUUCAAAAUUGUCACUUUCUCUUUCUUUGUUCCUCAAGAGAAUGAUUUCAAACACUUCUUCUAACUCUUUUUCACACUCUCCUAUCUCAUUGCUUGAAUCUUGCAACUCCAUGUAUCAAUUAAACCAAAUUCACUCACACACAAUCAAACUGGGUCUCUCUUCAAACCAUUUCUUUCUAACUAAAUUUAUAAUCUUCUGUUGUACAAACGAAUCCGGGGAUGUGUAUUAUGCACGUAAACUGUUUGAAGAAAUUCCACAACCAAGUGUGUUCCUUUGGAAUACUAUGAUCAAAGGGUAUUCUAGAAUAAGCUGUUGUGAGAAUGGAGUUUGCUUGUAUAAACUAAUGUUGAUCAAUAGCAUCAAGCCGGAUAAUUAUACGUUUCCGUUUUUGUUGAAGGGGUUUACCAAAGAUGUGGCUUUGAAGUAUGGGAAAGUGUUACUUAACCAUGCAGUGAAACAUGGUUUUUUAGAUUCUAAUUUGUUUGUUCAAAAGGCGUUUGUACAUUUGUUUUCGUUAUGCAGGCUAAUGGAUUUAGCGCAUAAGGUUUUCGACAUGGGUGAUGGAUGGGAAGUUGUCACGUGGAAUGUAAUGCUAUCUGGGUAUAAUAGGGUUAAGCGAUUUGAGGAAGCCAAGGGGCUGUUUAUUGAGAUGGAGAAGAAAUGUGAAUGUGUAUUGCCCAAUUCGGUUACUCUAGUUUUGAUGCUUUCGGCGUGCUCAAAAUUGAAGGAUUUAGAUGGGGGAAAUUACAUUUAUUAUAAGUAUAUAAGAAAUGGUAUUGUUGAACGUAAUCUCAUAUUGGAAAAUGCAUUGAUUGACAUGUUUGCAUCUUGUGGAGAAAUGGAUGCUGCACGAGGUGUUUUUGACGAUAUGAAGAUUCGAGAUGUAAUUUCUUGGACAUCCAUUGUUACUGGGUUUGCAAAUAUUUGUCGGAUUGAUUUAGCACGGAAGUUUUUUGAACAAAUGCCUGAGAGAGAUAAUGUUUCUUGGACUGCUAUGAUUGACGGCUACCUUAGAAUGAAUUGUUUCAAAGAGGUUUUGUUGCUUUUCCGCGAGAUGCAAGUGUCAAAUGUGAAACCUGAUGAGUUCACAAUGGUUAGCAUUCUAACAGCCUGUGCUCACCUAGGAGCACUUGAACUAGGUGAAUGGGCAAAGACUUACAUCGACAAAAACAAGAUUAAAAAUGAUACUUUUAUCGGGAAUGCUCUAAUAGACAUGUAUUUCAAAUGUGGGAAUGUUGAGAAAGCAAGGGAAAUAUUCAAUGUAAUGCAGAAUAAGGACAAGUUUACAUGGACAGCAAUGAUAGUUGGGCUCGCUAAUAACGGCCACGGUGAAGAAUCUCUUACUAUGUUUUCAAAUAUGCUAGAAGCUUCAGUUACACCAGAUGAAAUCACCUAUAUUGGAGUCUUGUGUGCAUGUACGCAUGUAGGCAUGGUAGCGAAAGGAAAAUACUUUUUCUCCAACAUGACCAUACAACAUGGAAUUAAACCUAACGUAGCACAUUAUGGAUGCAUGGUUGACCUUCUCGGUCGAUCCGGGCAUUUAAAAGAAGCCCUCGAAGUCAUUUUGAAUAUGCCACUAAAACCAAAUUCAAUUGUUUGGGGGUCACUACUUGGUGCUUGUAGAGUUCACAAAAAUGUACAACUAGCAGAAAUGGCAGUUAAGGAAAUACUCGAGUUAGAGCCUGAAAAUGGAGCUGUUUAUGUCCUGUUAUGUAACAUAUAUGCUGCAUGCAAGAAAUGGGAAAAUUUGCAUGAAGUAAGGAAAUUGAUGAUGGAUAGAGGAAUCAAGAAAACACCAGGCUGUAGUUUGAUGGAAAUGAAUGGUAUUGUCUAUGAAUUUGUUGCUGGAGACAAGUCACAUCCUCAGUCUAAAGAGAUUUAUGGAAAGUUAGAAAACAUGAAGCAAGAAUUGAUAAAUGCAGGGUAUUCACCUGAUACAUCUGAGGUUUUUCUUGAUGUAGGUGAAGAGGAUAAGGAAACUUCACUUUAUUGGCAUAGUGAGAAAUUGGCUAUUGCAUAUGCUCUUAUUAGUUUAGGAGAUGGAGUUACCAUAAGAAUAGUGAAGAACCUUAGAAUGUGUGUGGAUUGUCACCAUAUGGCAAAGGUGGUUUCAAAAGUUUACAACAGGGAACUAAUAGUUAGGGACAAAACCAGAUUUCAUCAUUUCAGGCAUGGUUUAUGUUCAUGUAAUAAUUUCUGGUAA